CCUCCUCCCAGGCCCCUGAAGCGGGUGCCUUCCUCCCUCCCACGCCCGUCCUGAAUCACGGGAGCCCAGUUCCUGUGGGCCGCGCGGGCCAGUCCGCGCCUCUGCAGUUCCAGGGAAAGAGCGCUUGCCCCAGCCCCCGAGUGUCUGCCGUCGCGGAGGCGGCAUGGAGCCUCUCCCGCUGCUCCUCCUGCUCUUCGUUACAGAGCUGUCCGGAGCCCACAACACCACAGUGUUCCAGGGUGUGGCCGGCCAGUCCCUGCAGAUCUCCUGCCCCUACGACCCGGUGAAACACUGGGGGCGCCGCAAGGCCUGGUGCCGGCAGCCGCAGGAGGAGGGCCUGUGCCAGCGAGUGGUCAGCACGCACAGCCUGUGGCUGCUGGCCUUUCUGCGGAGGCGGAACGGGAGCACGGCCAUCACAGAUGAUGCCCUGGGCGGCACCCUCACUGUGACGCUGCGGAACCUUCAGGCCCAUGAUGCCGGCCUCUACCAGUGCCAGGCCCUCCACGGCAGGGAGGCUGACACCCUCCACAAGGUGCUGGUGGAGGUGCUGGAAGACCCACUGGUGCUGCAGGAGGACGAGGAUGUCUGGAGCCCCGAGUUGUCUGAAGCCUUCGGUGACGCCCAGGUGGAGCAGAGCAUCUCCAGCCACCUGGGAGAGACGCCCUUCCGCCCCACUCCCACCCUCCUCCUGGCUUUCGUUUUCCUCGGCAAGCUUCUGGCCACUGGUGUCCUCUGGGGUGUGGCCUGGCGUGGGUGGAAGCUGGGGACACCUGCGGCCGGGGAGCUGGACGGUGGCCACGACCCAGGGCACCAGCUUCAGACCCUGACAGGACCAAGGGACGCAUGAGAGAAGGGAACCCCACCCGGGGCCUCCCGGCCUGUGCCUGUGUGCCCGCCCCUCGGCCACCAAGACUCCUGGGUCUGCUCCGCUCUGGCAAGAGGCCACCGGGCCUGCACCUGCUUCCCCUGGAGCCUGUGCGUGUGCGUGUGCGCAUGUGUGUGCGUGCGUGUGUGUUUGCAGUGUGUGUGCACACGCGUGUGUGCAUGUACGUGUGUGUGCGUGCAUGUGUGCGUGCGUGCAUGCGUGUGUGUGUGUGUGUGAGGUAGGAGUGGUUGCUUGUGCACUCCUGGGUUUGGACAUUAAACACGCUCACAAACCAA